CGGCCCUAACAAAAGAGCCAAGCGCGCGUCGGCGAGGGUGGGGGUUGCAUUGUGGGGAGGCAGGGAGAGGCCGAGCCUCCCGUCCAAUGGGCAACGGAGGAGGCCUCCGCAACGGGCCAAUCGGGGUGGUGCGUAGAUGGUGUCCAAUCAGCAGACGCCGCUGGCGGCUUUAUAAACUUCACAUAGGCAUUUGGAGGCUAUACUCUGACUGUGAAAGAAAGAAGCUAGCUAGCGCCAUGGCCAGAACCAAGCAAACCGCUCGCAAAUCCACCGGUGGCAAAGCACCCAGGAAGCAGCUCGCCACCAAGGCUGCGCGCAAGAGCGCCCCGGCCACCGGCGGCGUGAAGAAGCCUCACCGUUACAGGCCCGGCACCGUGGCUCUGCGAGAGAUCCGUCGUUACCAGAAGUCCACUGAGCUGCUGAUCCGCAAACUGCCCUUCCAGCGCCUGGUGAGAGAAAUUGCCCAGGAUUUCAAGACCGACCUGCGCUUCCAGAGUUCCGCCGUGAUGGCCCUACAGGAGGCUAGCGAGGCUUACCUGGUCGGCCUGUUCGAGGACACCAAUCUCGAACAAUACACGAUGUCUGGAAGAGGCAAAGGCGGCAAGGGACUCGGAAAAGGAGGCGCCAAGCGUCACCGUAAGGUUCUCCGCGAUAACAUCCAGGGAAUCACCAAGCCCGCUAUCCGCCGUCUGGCUCGCCGUGGCGGCGUGAAGCGUAUCUCCGGGCUGAUCUACGAGGAGACCCGCGGUGUCCUGAAGGUGUUCCUGGAGAACGUGAUCCGUGACGCCGUGACCUACACCGAGCACGCCAAGAGGAAGACCGUUACCGCCAUGGACGUGGUCUACGCUCUGAAACGCCAGGGACGCACCCUGUACGGCUUCGGCGGUUAAACGCACUCUUUUUUUUUUUUUCGGAACGUCAAAACAUCCCGACUUGAAACCAAAGGCUCUUUUAAGAGCCACCCACAUCCGCUUCAAAAGGGCCAAUUCCAUAGUCGUAGGAAGAUCGUAGAGUUGUAGGAAACCAUGAGCCACUCUCGAGUGGACAGGGAGUAGGACUGUUAUGUUCAGUGCAGGCUCGGCGCAAUUGUGACAGUGUAGAAACAGUCGUAUUUGGACGGCACCCACCCUUUUAAUUAUUGAUUGAUUUGACCUUUAUUUAUGAAGUAGGCAAGUGAGUUAAGAAGCAAAUGUGAUUUUUAAUGACGGCAUAGGAACAGUGCCUGUUCAGGGGCAGAAGGACAGAUUGAAAACCUAAAGCCCUACUAAGUCCAAAAAGGUUGUAGGAUAUGCAUUAACACCCACCC